AAGGGGACGCUCCGGCUUCUUCGGUUCGUCUUUUUCUUUUCCUGACUGAGCGGAGGUGGAGUGUCUCAAUCCCACCCAGUCCAGACGCUAUGGGAAAGCCUGUUCCAGGAAAAGCCACUCCGAGGGAAUCGUGAGCAGCAGAGACCAGCGGGGCAGGAGCAGCAGCAUGAGGACGGCGGGCGGGGGUGAAGAAGCGAGAAGUAUCUCACUGAAAUACUGAAAAACCCCUGUCUCACUGAAUUUCGUCUUUUGGGACUUAAGGAUGGAAGCCUUGUGUUUAAGAGUUUCCUUGCUGCUGCUGCUUCCAGGGUUUGCCCUCAGUGACAGCUCUGACAGAUACGCUACCAAUCGGAGUGACUUGGGAAACUACCUUUCCACUUCCUCAGGGAUCGAAUCCAGCAUAUUCCUCACCACCAGACCGCCCCUGGUGUCCAACCAAACUGUCAAAUGCUCCCAGCAGACUAAGAUUGCUGAAACUUUUAAAUACAUUAACACAGUGGUAUCUUGUGCUAUUUUCAUCGUUGGAAUGGUUGGGAACGCAACUCUGUUGAGGAUCAUUUACCAGAACAAGUGUAUGAGGAAUGGCCCGAAUGCACUGAUAGCCAGCCUGGCACUAGGAGACCUUAUCUAUAUUGUCAUUGAUAUUCCUAUCAUUGUGUACAAGCUCCUUGCUCAGAAGUGGCCUUUUGGAGAUUCAGAAUUUGGACAGUUUCUUUGCAAAUUCCUUCCCUUUAUACAGAAGGCAUCGGUGGGAAUCACGGUCCUUAAUCUCUGUGCCCUUAGUGUGGACAGGUACAGAGCAGUUGCCUCGUGGAGCCGUGUUCAGGGAAUUGGAAUCCCUAUGAUCACUGCUAUUGAAAUUUUCUCCAUCUGGCUUCUGUCCUUCAUAUUGGCUAUUCCAGAAGCAAUUGGUUUUGCUGUGGUACCUUUCAGAUACAAGGAUGAAGGUUAUGUUACCUGCAUGCUCAAGCCUACAAACAGUUUUAUGUUGUUUUACAAAGAUGCAAAGGAUUGGUGGCUGUUUGGCUUCUAUUUCUGCAUGCCACUGGCGUGCACUGCCAUAUUUUAUACACUAAUGACUUGUGAAAUGUUAAACAGAAGAAACAGCAACUUGAGAAUCGCUCUCAGUGAACACCUUAAGCAGCGUCGAGAAGUUGCAAAGACAGUUUUCUGUUUAGUAGUGAUUUUUGCUCUUUGCUGGUUCCCUCUCCAUUUGAGCCGAAUUUUGAAGAAAAUGGUAUACAAUGAAAGAGACCCUGGCAGAUGUGAACUGCUCAGUUUCUUGCUGCCAUUGGAUUAUAUCAGCAUCAACCUGGCAACUAUGAACUCUUGUAUUAACCCAAUAGCUCUGUAUUUUGUGAGCAAGAAGUUUAAAAACUGUUUUCAGUCAUGUCUUUGCUGUUGCUGCUCCCAAUCCAAGAGUCUAGUGACUUCAGUGCCCAUGAAUGGAACAAGCAUUCAGUGGAAAAAUCAAGAACUAAACAAUCACAAUACAGAUCGAAGCAGCCAUAAAGACAGCAUAAACUGAAAUUUAAGGACUCCGAUACGACUUUGGAAUCAAACAGGAAAGUCAUUACAAUGCUAUUUCAACAGGAAUCCCAGUGACUGCUCCAUCCGCGAUUCAGACACAUGCACCCUUCCUUGUACUUAAUCCUAGAGGUGACCGAGUAGAUUGACUGCAACUGUGAUGUGCUGCAAACUGAGAGCCACUGGAUGGUAAUUCUGUCUUUGAAAAUGAUAAGGAUGUGAUUAUGACAUCAAAAAAAUGACUUGAACUCACAGGUGGUUUGCUCUUCUGAACAAGGCGAGGACUGUCCAGCGCCUGUGACUGGCACAGUACAAUCUUUUUACCUGAGUGUUGCCUAGAAUGAAUCACUCCAGAAUUUUUCAGAAGACAUGAAAAUGGAGUCUGUCUGUGACUAUAUUUUCUCUCUGCCCAUUUGUCUUUUAACUUUUAUUUGUGUGGUGGAUCUAUUCCAUGCACCAGUAUGCUUUGCAUGUUGUUGUUGUUUUUCAGUUUUAUGUUAGAAAAUUCUUUGGUCCACACCAGUAUUUUAUUUACUUAUGUUACAGUGGGUCAGGACAUUAGCUGGGCAGUUCACAUUUGUAGCACUUCAGUACUCAAAAAUAGGAAGAGACCAUUUAAAGUAGCAUCAACAUUUGGCACUUAAGCACUGAUUAAUACCAAAAAAAAAGAGGUAUUAAUAAUACAGUAGUAUACUGUGUUAUUUAUUCUAAUGCUCUGUACAAAAUGAACAUAAUAAACAUAAUCUAUAUCAACAAAAAGAAUGAAAGAUGCCCACAGUGGGACACCUUACAAUGUGUUUUUAAUUAACCUGCCAUGUUAAUUAUUAAAUCAUAUGGAUCUAUUAAUCCAUUUAGACUAUAGCUGCGUUAAAUCUAAGUCAAAAUGAGGGUCAGUGGAACACAGUGAAACAAUAUUAAAUCUGCCCAAAGAGCUCUGAGAAUAUGGCUAUUAUAGCAACUAUGCACAACACUACUUACGCAUUGUGAACGUGAGGUUUUAGUCACAGUGAGUGCACAACUGUGGAAGUCCAUAAGAGCUGGAUGUCACAAGGAUAUUUUGUGCCUUAUGCUUAUGGAGCUUUUUGUCUUACUUUCACAAUAUUCAAUGAUUUUAUUGGGGUUUGAUAGUUUAUUAGAACUGUUAGCCUAAUAAACAAAUGCUAUGAAUAAUAUACAGAAAAUAGUGCUUGCAUACAUAUAAACUGGUGAUUUACUUAUUAUUUCCAUCCAUUAUGGUUACAUGGCAAGAUAUUCCUUUUUUUGGCUAUAAAAAUUUUUAAUAGGUAGUCUUUCAUUAAAUAGUGGAAUUAAAUAGUGUGGUGUUGCAUAUAAUAUGCCUCAUGCACAAAUCUGCUAGGAAAUUUAGAGCAUCUCUGGUGCCAGGCUGAGAAGCAGUAAUUAAAACUCCACAAAUUUUUAAACAUCUGUUAGAUUUCAAGUGAAAGGCAUAAUCCUGUAUAUUUUUAUUUACAAAGUCAAAAUGCUAGUGUCUUCAGUGACUUCUGUUGCACAAGUUUUCCAAAUGUUUACAUUCACACAAAACUUCUAAAGUAUAUUUUUCAAAACUUCUUUAAAUUGGCUUAUGUAUUUUGUGUGCUUUUGUCUCUGUGACAUAUAUGCCUGUAUAAAUGCAUACAAAUUUAUGUUCAUAUGUUAUAAACCUAAAUACAGUCUUCUGACAGUGCUCUGUAGUAGUGCCUAAGAGCACGGUAUUGAAUGAGACUUGGCUGAAUUUUAUUCAAAAUGUUUCAUCCUCAAACUGUAUCAAAAAUCACAGCAUUGAAUUACUAAGUCUCUUUACAUCCUGACACCUUCACUGCUCCUUUGACAGAAUAUGUUGAGCAAGUGAUAAAGGCAAACACAAGACAGAUAUGAAGAAUGCAUUUAAAUUAUAAGUUGUCGCUUAUUUAUUUCAAGGCAGGAAAAAGCUUUGCUUCCACUCCCUCUUCUGUUGGUUAGAUGGACCAAAAAAAAUCAGUCUAUACCAGCAAACCAAUAAUCCACUUGUUCAGAGAAAAUCUUUUCUGUUUACAGCAAGCAGUAGAGACAAUCCAUGAUAGAAACUUUAGGACUCUUCUACCAAAACCCAGGAUCUACCUGCAAAAGUUUCAGACCUUGAAACAGAUAAUUUUUAGGCUUUCCCAGCUGUCAUACCAACCAGAAGUCAUGAAAAACUAACAGUUUUCCUUCCAGCAUUAACACUUCAAACAUCUAAUGCUUUCCAACCAGUAGCUGUGUGGCAAAGAUACAUGCACAUGCACACCAAAACAUCCUGUAAGCCAGUUCAGCCUAGAUGGAAAAAACAUGUUCCUGCUUCCCAAAGAGCUGACUGACCUUACCAGCAGCAUUCUAAAAUACAAAGCUUUUUAACUAAAUUAAGAAGAGAGUACAGUAUCUAACAGAUGUGAUAGGUGUUUUUUAGAAUGCUUUAGAGACGUGUUUGGAAGCUUACUUAGAGAUCAAAGCUGCAAAAACUAAUUGGUGAUCCUCAUUCCAUCUCCUCCAGUCAGUAGAAGGACAGACAGAUCCUAAAUAACAGUCAGAGUGAGGUCUCAGGAGGUCUCGGACUCUUAUUUUGCCAUGCAUGCUCUCCUCAGUUUUCAUUGGCAGCUGCACUCACAAAGCAAUAAAAAGGACAAAGGGUAUUCCGAUGUAGCAGUUAUGGUGAGGGGGGAACUGUUUCCGUAAAACUUACUAAGGCACUUGCUUUAUAAAUUCUCUCAUGUUCUUCCCACUGAUAAUGGCAACUGUUCCUCCUACUAUUGUACCUACCCUUAAUUCUGAAAAUGCUAAUCUUCCAAAAGAAACAACGAAAGUCUUCCACAAUUUUGAAAAUCAACUUUGUUUAAUUUUAAUCUUUCCUUUUCCUGCCAAGUUCUCCAAAAAGGUGCCCCAGCAUUUCUUUGUGCAUCAAAACCAGUGUAUGCUUUGUUGCGUUUUUUUCUUUCUUGCACAGAACUUGCAUUCUCUUUUACACCAGAACAACUUUCUGCAAGUAUUGUUCCAUCCUCCUCUUAUUUUAUACCGGCUCUUUGCAUUCACCUUAACUGAAUCAAGCCAAGAUUUUCUCUGCAGCUAACAGGAUGUCUGUCCAGAAGUUUCAGAUUAAUUUCUUACACUUCUUAGAACAUCUGUUCAUUGUAAUAAAAAUCCAUUUAACUCUC